AGUUCGGGUCAACAGCGCCGCAUGUUGGCGGUAGCUCUCCGAUCUGCCAGCAAAACAUAUAUAUUAUAUAUAUAUAUACACAUAUAUAGAUAAUUCCAUUCUAAAGUAAAGAAGAUCGAAACUAGUUUGCUUGAGUUUUGUUAUUGUGUGUUAUUUUGUGUUUUGUUAAUCUGCCGCGUUAAUUGAAGUUCAGGUAAAACAAAAGCAUUCCCCAAAAAGAAAAAUAAAAACAAAAAGAUGAAGCACUACCUGCUGAUAUUGUCGUUGAUUGUAAAUUGUCUUCUCAUAAGCAAAGUGCAAUCAAAGAAAUAUUUGAGAUGUGAACUAACACGUGAUCUAGUAGAGAAAUAUAAUUUUGACAAGACAUUCUUAUCAAAUUGGAUUUGCCUGGUUGAGCAUGAGAGCGCUUUGGAUACCUCAAAGAUAACAACAAAGGAGAAUAAUAGCAAAAAUUAUGGUUUAUUUCAAAUCAAUAGUAAAGACUAUUGUGCCGAGGGACGCAAGGGGGGACGCUGCAAUAAGAGAUGCGAGGACUUUUCCAACGAUGAUAUUGGCGAUGAUGUUGCCUGUGCCCGCAUGAUACAGGAACAGGAGGGUUUCAAAUACUGGAAAGGCUGGGAUCGUUUCUGUCGCAAUCCACAGAAUUUACCCAAUUUGCGUAUCAGUUGCAAUUUGAGAAGCCUUUCGCCCAUACGUUCGGCAAGGAAUUUUCUGACUGGUUAACAGAGGGCACAGAAACAAAAAGGAGACCCAACGUACUUACUUAUUUUUUUUUGCAUUUUUUGAAGGAAAACUAAGGGGAAGAUGAUGAAUUUAUAAUGUAAUAUACAUACAUAUAUACAAGCCCA